CAGUCUCCAGCCAGACUGAACCCCUUAGGGGUUCUGGACCAAGCUUAGGGAAGCUGAUAGGUCUCAAGGUUCUCAGGGUCUGGGGGAGGAGUCCCACCCGAAGAAUGCAGAAAAGGGGCUCAUUCUGGUUUCCCAGCCUAGGACACCCCAUUCAAGGCUAGGAAUCCUUUCUGAACUUGGGUUGGAGCAGGGAGAGGGGAGGAGGGGGAGUGGAAUCCUCGGGCAGGGCCACAGGAGGUGGGAAUGCCAAGGAUGGGCUGGGCCCUGGGCACAGAGGGGUUAACUACAAAGCGAAUCGGAGAGCAAGAUCAAUGGGUUACUCACUGCAGAAAGGGAGCAACGCAAAGGCAGAGAGGAGCCUCGCAGAAGAGCAUGCCACCUGGGGGAAAUCCGGGACUGAGGAGGAGGCGGCCACUGGGCACUCUGGAGGGACUGCCCAAGUCGGGCUCAGCAGAGGAGCGGCCUUAAAGGAGAAGAGGGAGAAGUGAGAGGCAGAUCUCUAUCUGCAGGGAGGCACCAAGGGGCAGCCAGGAGCCAGGAGGCAGCCUCAGCCUGACUGGUUCACCCAGGAUCAAGCGGGGGCCUAGUGCCCAGGAUCCAGGUGAUCAUCUGCUGGAGAGAUGGCUGAUGCCCAGAACAGUUCGCUAGACAGCCCAGGGAGUGUGGGGGCUGUGGCCGUGCCUGUGGUCUUUGCCCUCAUCUUCCUGCUGGGCACGGUGGGCAAUGGGCUGGUGCUGGCGGUGCUGCUGCAGCCCGGCCCCAGUGCGUGGCAGGAGCCAGGCAGCACUACGGAUCUGUUCAUUCUCAACCUGGCAGUGGCCGACCUCUGCUUCAUCCUGUGCUGCGUGCCUUUCCAGGCCACCAUCUACACGCUGGACGCCUGGCUCUUCGGGGCCCUUGUCUGUAAGGCUGUGCACCUGCUCAUCUACCUCACCAUGUACGCCAGCAGCUUCACGCUGGCCGCCGUCUCCGUGGACAGGUACCUGGCCGUGCGGCACCCGCUGCGCUCACGGGCCCUGCGCACCCCGCGCCACGCGCGCGCCGCCGUGGGCCUGGUGUGGCUGCUGGCGGCGCUCUUCUCGGCGCCCUACCUCAGCUACUACGGCACCGUGCGCUACGGCGCGCUGGAGCUCUGCGUGCCCGCCUGGGAGGACGCGCGCCGCCGCGCCCUCGACGUGGCCACCUUCGCCGCCGGCUACCUGCUGCCGGUGGCCGUGGUGAGCCUGGCCUACGCGCGCACGCUGCGCUUCCUGUGGGCGGCCGUGGGGCCCGCGGGCGCGGCGGCGGAGGCGAGGCGCAGGGCCACGGGCCGCGCGGGGCGCGCCAUGCUGGCGGUGGCGGCGCUGUACGCGCUCUGCUGGGGCCCGCACCACGCGCUCAUCCUUUGCUUCUGGUACGGCCGCUUCGCCUUCAGCCCGGCCACCUACGCCUGCCGCCUGGCCUCGCACUGCCUCGCCUACGCCAACUCCUGCCUCAACCCGCUGGUCUACGCGCUCGCCUCCCGCCACUUCCGCGCGCGCCUCCGCCGCCUGUGGCCCUGCGGCCGCCGCCGCCGCCUGCUGUCCCGGGGGUCCCGCCGCGCCCUCCGUCGCAUCCGGCCGGCGUCUUCGGGCCCUGUCGGCUGCCCCGGGGACGCCCGGCCGCGGCCUCGGGGGAGACUGCCGGCAGGCGGUGGCUGGGGCGGAGAGCCCGGGGAGGAGGCUGCCCGAGGCGGGGAGGCUGGACCAGCCCUGACUCCCGCAGGACCGAAAUAAACCUUU